GAAUACAGCUUUGCAUAGCAAAUCAAACCCUCCUGUCUUGAUUAAACAUGCACCAAAGCAAAAGUCGACACCAUCGUCUUCUGGAAAUCAAAAGGAGUGCAAAGUACAUAUUCGUCUCCAAUAUUUACAAUGUGUAUUUACGUUCACGUCACAGAGUCCAGAUGACUUCGAGCGGCGACAGCCUCCCCGACGUAGACGGCGAGAGGAAAGAGCGAGGGCACUGGUCACACAAAUGCGACUAUCUCUUUACAAUGACGGGCUAUGCCGUCGGUCUUAGCAACGUAUGGAGGUUCCCUUACCUAUGUUAUUUAAAUGGCGGAGGGGCGUUCCUGGUCCCCUACCUACUGACGCUGGUACUGGUGGGCAUUCCGCUGUUCUUCCUAGAGACGGCCGUUGGGCAGUUCAGCUCCUCCAGCUGCCUCGCCGUCUUCUCCGUCUGCCCGGCUUUCAAAGGCAAGGGAUUCCGUGCUUGUUCUGUGAAGACCAACUGUCAGGCUAGAUUCUACCUGAUCACAGCCGAAUCUCUGCGCAUAAUUAGCAAAAAACCUGAGUUCAAUGGUGCAACUACCGAACCACCCUAUAUACUAAGUCUCGGUAUGGCAUCCCUCGCUAUCAACUUGGUGACGCUAUCGUACUACAUCGUUUUAGUCUCGUAUCCCUUGCUGUUCCUCGCCCACUCCUUCACCUGGGACCUCCCGUGGGCCUCGUGCGGGAACUCCUGGAAUUCGCCCAACUGCACGGCCGAAGGAGAUGUGAAAGACAGUGUGUCUUCAGCCGAUGAAUUCUUUCACCGGAAGCUCCUGCGGGCCUCGUCCGGCAUCGACGACCUCAGCCGCAUCGAGUGGCCGGUUGUCAUUGUGACCUUCGUAGUCUUCGUCUUCCUCUUCUUCUGCGUCUUCAAGGGGAUUAAGAUUUUGGGGAAAGUCGUGUGGUUCACAGCGAUUUUCCCGUUUGUCAUGCUGUUCAUUCUGCUGAUACGUGGGGUCACACUUCCGGGAGCCACGGAUGGAAUCUACUUCUACAUCUAUCCCGAGUUUAACAGACUUAAAGAGAUGAAGGUAUGGGCAGCAGCAGCCAUACAGAUCUUUUAUUCCUUGGGCCCCGGAUGGGGGUCGCUCAUCUGCUUUGGUUCCUACAACAAAUUCAACAAUCGGUGCACGAGAGACGCGCUCAUUGUCCCCAUCCUGAACAGCGGCACCUCCAUCCUGGCGGGAUUCGUCGUUUUCUCGGUGCUCGGCUUUAUGGCCAAGAGAGCUGGAGUUUCUAUUGAAGAACUUGCUGUUGCUGGUCCGUCCUUGGUGUUUGUCGUCUAUCCCGAGGCUUUGUCCCUGAUGCCGGUUUCUCCUUUGUGGUCCGUCCUCUUCUUCCUGAUGUUGUUCUUCCUGGGCAUAGACGCCUGCUUUGCUCACAUAGAGACUCCAGUACUGUGCAUCUUAGACGAAUUUGCAGGGUUACGUGGUCGCAGAGGCUGGGUCACUUUCUUCCUAUGCUUCAUUUCCUUCUUGGCAACAAUCAUCUUUGGAACGGAUGGUGGGAUAUACUGGGUAACACUGGUUGACUGGUACUGUGCUUCGUUCACCGUUAUUGUUGUCUGUUUGUGCCAGAUAUGCAUAUUCAGCUACUUGUAUGGCGCUGGUCGAACUGUGCAGGACCUUCAGCUGAUGAUUGGACGGCGCAUUGGCUACGGCUGGUGGGGCACUUGGCUGGUCGUCACUCCCCUUGUGCUCCUCGGAAUCCUCAUGAACACUGUGCUGAAUCAAUCUGGCGCAGGAUACCGAGGGCACACCUUCCCGACCUGGGCUCAGAGCACCGGCUGGGUCAUCUCCCUCGUCUCCAUGCAAUUCAUCCCAACUUACUUCCUCUACUACUUUUGCUUUAGAACCACUGGCUCGUUCAAACAGCGGAUCAAGUCCUGCCUGACCCCGUCUGCCGCCUGGGGCCCAGCCCACCCGAGCCACAGGGACGAGUGGAUGCAGCACUGCCUCAAGUAUCCUCUACGUCACCGCCUCCUGCAUCCCAACCUUUGUGCAGAGAAUUCUUCAGCAGAUGUGUUUUUGAAUACCUUGUAAUUUGUCUACGAUUGGAAAAAACGUUUUGUCUCCGCAGUUUUAUCUAGGACUCCACACGAAAAUGUCUUUCAUAUGUGAUUCGUGCUGGCCGAAGGUAAAAGCAAGUCCGGAAAUGUCCUAAAUGCGUUUUAAUUUUUUCUUUCUGAGACGCGUACAACGUUUUAUGUACGGUGAAAAUAACGAGUCAGUAAUGAUUAAUAGUCAAACGGUAAUGCAGUCAUUUCUUAAAUUUGCAGUUUAAGGCUUUAUUUGAGAAAUACAAUGACAGGGAAAGUAACGGAUGCCACACUUACAUUGCACCAUAAUCUUAAUAUAAGUUGAUUUAGUAAAUCAACUUCCUAAAUUUGCACUAUAAAGCUUUAUUUGAGAAAUACAGUGAUAAGAGCAACGGAUGCCACACUUACAUUGUAUCAUAAUCUUAAUACAAGUUAGUUAUAUCAGCAUAAACAUCUCUGCAUGUUAUAAACAAAAACAUCAAAGACAAUAGUAUUUUAGUCCACGUCAUAGACAAAUUUUACGACAAAUUUGAAUAUGUUGAGGAAAAUUGUGACCUUUUUUGUAUAUGACAUAGGCACCGUCACGUAAUAAAAUGUCUUUCUUUUAUCAAGAUUUGUAUUUGUAUUACAUGCUGGUAGCUCAUUCUUCAACUGAUUAUGUUUAACAAAAUUGUGGUCAGAUAUUUGUGUAUUCAUUGUACAUUAUGGUUUAAAGGUAUGUUAUUCAUUAUCAAAACUAUGUUACCAUAUUUUCUACAUGCAAACUGAGACAAUAUUAAACUGCCUGGCAUUCACAUUA